AUGGUGGAACAUUUGUUAUCGAUCAAAACCAACGAACUGAACAAUAUUGUUGAUGGAAAUAAUCGCCUAUCGAAAAGCGUUUCGUUCAAUACAGACGAAGAUGAUUCCGUUCAACUAGGUGAUUCUCAACAUAUCUCUGAUGCUGAAUCGGCCGCAACAAAGUCCGACAUUGCCCCGUCAGCUGUAGAUAAAUUCAAACGCAGUAUCUUUGCAGUACAUUCGCCAUCCAUAGAUAGUCUCAACGAUGCUGAAGCACUUUCUCCUGAUACUCCGUUAUCCGAAAAGAUAAAGAAGAAAAAACAACGUCGUAUAACUCAACAAUCGAGCGUAGAUAGUGGACGAAAAAUCGUUGUGAGAUCGCCACCCUGGUACACAAAAGUCGAUUUUGUAAAACCAAUAUCAUACGUUCUUCUCGUAAUAAUACUCUACAUUAUGUGGAAGCAACGAGCUGUUUGGAUUCCCCGACUAUUAACUUCGAACCAUCGUAUUCGUCAUAUUGCGUUAGCUAACGAACAAAAACUACAGGAGAAAGGUUAUUCACCUCAAACUUCAGCAUCGGAUAAUUCCAAUUCAACCGCUUCUGGUCAAAAUGAUGAUAAUAACGAUGAUGAUGAUGGUGAUGACAACAACAACAACAAAGAUCAAACAACCGUAUCAAACAGUGACGAACCAUCUACACCUACGCCAAGCAAAUAUACAAGUCCGCAGAAAUUGAAUAUACGCGUACGAAGAAAUAAGAUGAGUUUUAGUAAAGAGCGUACUGAUAAAAAACGUCGUCAUGUACAACAAUCGGUGGUUGACGACGACGACGAUGAUGAUGAUACGGUUGAUGAUAGUGGAGCUAUUGAUACUGAUAGUGACGAAAUCAUAAAUGAUGAAGCGACACCUGAUCUACCAUCACAAAUUCAUUCUAGCAAACAUCAUCAUCAUCAUCAUGAACAACAACCAAAAGUUUACCGAUCUCGUGAGAAAAAGCGUAAAAUAGUUCCCAGUACAAGGACAAGUUUGGCUACGCUUUCACAAGAUGAUAUUGUUGAACAGUUACAAAAUUUGAUCAGUUCACGCGAUCGAAAUCGCGAUCUGUUAAGUGUCAUGGCGAAAGAAACCGGUUUGAAGAAAGAAAAAAUCAAACAAUUCAUACAAAAGAGGGAUUUUCGCGCUGUUUCACUCGAUAAUCUCAUCUCAAUUGUCAAGUCGUACGAUUCGACUCUUUUAAUCAUACCAAACUAA